CAAGUUGGCUAUGCUUUCGAUUGUCAUAAUAUUUCGUUCCGCCGGAAUAUUUAGUUCACUUUCGUUUCACUACUUGACUGAGAAACAAGCUCCAGAGCACAACCUAAUUCAGAAAUGUCGGAGAAUUCGAGCGCGGAAGCAACGCCAUUUGGAAACGACGAGUUGACAGAGGAUCCUGAGCAACCGAGUGGAUCGAAGAUGCCUGCGAAGUUCCAGCCCCUCCUUGAGAAACUAGAGCGCCUGAAUAGGGAGAUGGCCCGGGAGGAGGAAUUGAAUGUGCUGUUCAAUCGCCUCUUUGCUGCAAUCAUAGCAGAAGUACAUCAUUUAUAGUAUAUGCGACUUCUGUUCACCUAUUCCCAACAUACCAAUGUAUUAUCAAAUGGUGUAAUUGUUGACGCAUAAAUAUAUCAUAAGCAUCCCGGAUAUGGAGCUUUAAUUAGCA